AUGAAGAUUUGGGUGUUAAACUUUGAUAUUUCGGCGGCGGGGAUACCACUUGACGCUGUGCCUGCUGUGGGAGAAUUUUUGGAUCAAUUUAUACGUAAAACUCUCAUUGGCAUGCUGCAACACCCCAAGCGAAUCUCUAUCCCAAUGGUGCAAGGGUACACGUUGGAAAUGAGCCGAGCGGAUGCUGCCCUUGGUGCUCUGCGUGUCCGGUUACUGCGGAUAGAGGGCUGGCAUCAGCGCCAUGUGUCCAACAGAGGAAAAACACCCUUUUACGUGAAAGUGGUAAUGCUUUCCGAUGAAAAUAAUAAGCGUAGAAAGAGUUCAACGUAUAAGGGGUUACAAAGCGAGUUGCAAGAUACAUUUAGUUUUGUUUUGUACAACAACACGGGGACCUUGCGCUUCUGGCUCUAUUUUGAUGUCCCUGGGACAGAUCCCUGCGUCGGGCAGUGUGACGUCCCUGUGCGAGUGUUGAUGGACAACCCGCGCUCCGAGCACGCGUGUCUUUUAGUUGAAUCGCUUUCCUCGAAUGUCGAGCCCCGUGCGACUCUGAUUAUUUCGGCCGAGUUUCUCCCCUACGUUGGAAGAAGCAGGACGGACUCCACCACAGCCCCUUCCCACGCUCCGUCACGCAGAGUGUCGGAGGCUUUUGUUAAGCAACAAGAAGCGUCGGAGCGGUCCUUUGGUCCCCCAACAGCGCGAUCCGUGAAGAAUGAAAGUCUCUGCUCGAAUGGGCGGGGCGGCGGCACCCUCUUUAUCACCGUGGAACGCUGUACCGGACUUAAAAACAUGGAAUACCUUGGCGUGUCAGAUCCAUAUGUUCAGCUACGACUGCGGAGGCAGACGCGGGUCUCGCCCUACCAAAGCUCCACCCUCAAUCCCACGUUCAACUUUGAGGCGGAGCUGGAGGUGUACGACACCCAAACCGACGUGCUGCACUUAGCCAUUUUGGACAAGAAUGACCUCUCCACGGACCGUGUGAUGGGCACUCUCAACAUUACUUUGUCUACCAUCUCAGGUAGUGUGAGUGACCGGCUUUCUAGAGCAUGGAACCUUGAGCCGCAGGGCCAAGUGUUUCUGGUGAUGCGCUUUCUGCGCCACUGA